UACAGCAAAGGAACGUCAACAAAUCCAAUCUAAUUUAACUCGAUUCUUCAUUCAUCGAAUUUAUUAAAUUUGUACACAAUAACAAUAUAUAUUGUAUACAAGUCCCGACAUAACACAUGACAACAAUAAAAACAAAUUCUGCGUUUCCUGAUCUUCAAGCAAUUCGAACGGUGUUCUUUGGUGGAACACUUGAAAACUCAACCAACCGGAUGAAGUUUGGUGCUACUGCGAGGUGUCACGUAUUCCGAGAUAGCUUGUCGUGCAAAACCUUAGCAAUGAACAAAACAGUUUCUGCUCGGCAGUAGUUUCCAGCUAGUAACUGAAGGUGUGUGAUCAUGUCUUCGAUCAAAUUCGAUGCCAACAACCGUCCAAGUAUUGAGCUUUCCAAUGGAGAACGAAUCCAGUUCAAUGGUGUUGCAUCGGAGGAAUAUCGAGUUCAGAGGGGAGAAUCUGUCGAACUCGUUCAGCAGCAAUGUCAACAAGUGAUUUCACGGUGCAAAGAAAGUGGUUACGAUAUGUCAAACCUCCGUAAUUUGGUAAUGGCAACUUUGCGCUACUUCCAGUAUGACGUAACGAAAGCUGCCAAUGCAAUUAUUCAUAAUGGAGAUACAUUCAGGAAGCAUAAGUUCAUCCGUUCCUUCGACCAGCUACGGCACGUGUUUGAAGCUGGAUUGGUGUGGUAUUUGCCGGGCCGUAAUCGAGAUGGUUCCGUCGGGAUCGUCAUAGAAUCUGGCAAAAACUGGAACCCUUCGAAAAUCCCCCUACUGGACCUCUGGGAAGCGUCGAGGCUGGCCGUUGAACUAGCUCUCAACGAUGAAAUGGUGCAGUUUUCCGGUUUCAAGAUGAUCGUAGACUGCCACGGUGCAGGCUGGGAUCACUUCCGGGCGUACAGUUCGAAAUCGGCUCAGAUCGUCCUAAAACUGCAACGAUGUCGCGUUUUUCAAAUAACGUGUCACUUUGUUGAAAACGCACGGCUGCUCAGUGUAGGACAUUCCCUGCUGGCUCCUCUGCUGGGAAACGAUUUUAAGCAAAAUUGUUUCUUUCAUGGAACCGAUUGGUCUUCCCUGCAUCAACACGUCAGUCCGGACUGUCUGAUAUCGAAAUACGGUGGAACCGCUCCCGAUUACGACCAUACACUAGUGGGCGAGCUGAUUGACAAAAUGAAGCACACUCUUCCAGUCUUCAAACCCUGGAAAUCGGAUGAAAUGUGAACUACUAAUAAAACAAGAACGAAGAAUGAAACAAUUUUACACCAAAAAAAGCUUGAUCAGCCCGAAGGAAAAUCUACAAGCAAUAUUAUCACGUUUCAACUGUAAUGUUACAAUAUUUUAAAACCGCCCAUAGCUAACCCAGCAUUAGCGCUUGUGAAGCUGAAACAAAAAAACAAAUUUCAUCUCAGUACCGCAAUAAACUGUCAAUUCGCCACA